GGAGGCGGAGGCGGAGGCGGAGGCGGAGGAGGCGGGUUGGACGGGGGUGCUACGCCACCGGCCACCGGGUAUCACCACCACCACCAUCACCACACAACUACGACGACGACGACGACGACGACGACAGGGACACGCCACCACAGACACAAGCUGCCCGCGGGGAAGCUGUGCAGCGAUCACCGUCACCACCCUCACCAUCACCGGCAUCAUCCCCACCAUCGAUCCCACCACCGUGGCAUGAACAUGGGCCAAAAGAUUUCAGGCGGCGUGAAGAGCGUGACACGUGACAGCGGUGCGGGAACUGGAGGCGGCGUAGGUGUUGUUGGCAGCGGAGCAGUCACGUACAAGCCUGUUGUACCCAGAGAACUGGCGCAGGAUUUUUCGCGUCCAGCUCGCCUGGAUGUCCUCCUCGACAUGCCGCCCGCUUCGAGAGAGACGCAGAUCAGUCAUAGCUGGAACGCCGAUGACCGUAGUCUCAAUAUAUUCGUCAAGGAUGACGACAAGUUGACGUUUCAUCGCCACCCCGUAGCGCAGAGCACGGAUUGCAUACGAGGGCGCAUCGGGUACACGAAGGGUCUCCACGUGUGGGAAUUACACUGGAGUACGCGACAGCGAGGAACGCACGCUGUUGUCGGUGUGGCGACCGCGGAAGCACCCCUUCAUAGUGUCGGCUACCAAAGUCUAGUGGGCAACAAUCAGCUCAGCUGGGGUUGGGAUCUGGGUAGAAACAAACUCUAUCACGAUGCGAAAAACAAUAACGGAGUGACGUAUCCUGCCCUUUUGAAACCGGAUGAAACUUUCAUCGUUCCUGACAAAUUUCUGGUGGUCCUGGACAUGGACGAAGGUACGUUAUCCUUCGUUGUAGACGGUCAGUACUUGGGAGUAGCAUUCAGAGGACUGAAAGGAAGGAAACUUCAUCCGAUAGUUUCAGCAGUUUGGGGACAUUGUGAAAUCACGAUGAAAUACAUCGGAGGCCUUGAUCCCGAACCUCUACCCCUGAUGGACCUCUGCCGGAGAGUAAUUCGAAAACGGGUCGGUAAGCAGAGACUAGAGGUCAGAAUCAACGAGCUAAGACUGCCCCAGGCAAUAAAAACGUACCUCCUCUACCGGGACAGAAGGUAACCACAGAGUGAUCUUCCGGCUUCAUCUCGCAUCAGCAUCAGCAAUUACGACCACGAUACCAACAACCAUGAAGUGACAGAGAUAAUAGAUGAUGAUAGUACCAUUGCCGAUGAUACGCAACGGGAAGCAUUUACAGUAAUCUCUCCCGCCUCUGAUCGACUGAAUCCUUAGAAAAAAGACCACGUGUGUCGCGAACGGUCAUUAAUCGACAAGACACACACGCCGCACCUAAAAACUGAAUCGAAAUUCCAAAGUUCUUUAUUCUUUUUGUAAUUUUGUUGUUUCUUUCUGUUUUUCGAGUUGGAUUGGGUCGGGAGUUGGGUCAAUCGAGGAAGAUCGAUUAUUAAUAUUAAGUCUAGUCUGUCGUGUUUCUCUUUAUAGUGUUCGAUAAUACGCAUCAGCAGCACACAACGUGCGUAGGAUCCUCUAUACAUAUAUAUAUUCAUACACACAAAUAUAUAUACAUGUGUGUGUAUGUGUGUGUGUAUACGUAUAUAUAUAUAUAUACAUAUACACGUGCAUACACAGUUAUAUGGUAUAUAUAUAUAUAUAUAUAUAAUCUUCCAGACGACUGUCUAAAAUAUCUAACAGAAAUGGUUAAAAUAAAGUAAAACAAGAAGAAGAAAUGAACUAACUAAUAAGAAAAAGAGAAUUUUCCUCUGCCAAAAUUUAUAGUAUCAAAAAUUGGGUUUAUACACGUUGAAGGAAUU